AUGUACAUAAUAGAGCACCAAAGAGGGCACAAACACAACUUUGGCGAUGUACACACUACAUACCUCUCGGCUGACGGCCGACGGCUCAGUGGAGUGGGAAUGCAGAAAAAGGCUACGGAUGGGUUGAUUGCCUCUUUCAUAGUGUACAAGGCUGCCCGAAGACCAAGGACCGCCGCGCCGGCUGCGGUGCCGUGUCGUAAGAUGUUCGACUUCUAUUGGAGGCCAGAUGUGGGAAAGAAAGGGAGCCAAGCUGGCCAAGUACCGACGCCGGCGGGAGCGCGCGGUUACCACAGGGUAGCAAACUUUAUUCUAUCCCCCGACCUGCCGUACGUGGAUGGUCAACAACAACAACAACGGCAAGGGCAAGGCAUACAAAAAUGGAGAGACUUCAGUUCGAGCAGCAGGCUCCAAACUCUCGGUGAGAACCGGCCGCUUUGUUGA